AAUUAUAAAAAUGGAGAAUUCUCAUGAGCCAUAUUUGAUGAAAUACUAUAGCACAUGAUUGUCUUAUUGUUUAGCUUUUUACAUGUGCAUAUUAUACCUCAGCUUUAGAUAAAGGCAAGCGUCACAAAAGCAACUUGUCUACUACCGGAAAUAGACCCUAUAAUACAAAUCACUGGAUACUCGUAGCUUCAAUUUCAAGUCUCACUGUAUUACUGAGCAUAUUAGUACUAUACUAUGUCGAAGCAAAAGCAAGCAAGUCAGAAGACUCUCCUUCAGACCUACCUUAUUAUACAGAAUCAGUUGUUUUAGAUGUCGACGUGACAGAAAGUCCUAAAUGCGUCUUAUCAUGUGACUCAACCCCUCGACUAAAAGAGAUGCUAACUGUUCUUGAGACACUUAUGGAUUGGAAGGAGUUUGGCAUUAAUUUGGGCAUUGAGUAUCACGAGAUUAAAAAAAUAAAGAAAGAAAAUAAAUUGAUCAACGACUCCAAAAUAAAACUGUAUAAUUAUUGGCUUAACGCCGACACUGCAGCUUCUUGGCAGAAAGUGAUAAAUGCUUUAGAGAGAAUGCAACUAAAGACACUAUCCUCUGAGAUAAGGAGAAAAUAUUGCAGUCAAACUUGCAACAGUGAUGCUGUUCAUUCUUAAAUUUUAUUAUAAUAAUCACUGUUAUUGAUAUCAUGAAGGGCGUGUCAGCUUGACCACGUUUAUAAACGUGGGCUCUUAAUUUCCGUUGGCUUGUGUUUGUACUUUGAAGAUUCGUUGUGUCAUCUCCAGUUUCAUGAUCAUGGCGGCGUUCCUACUUCUCUUGUUCUUUAGUACAGCCUCUGCCACAGCUAAAAGCUGUACUGAAGGUCCAUCAAACUACACUAUCAUGCCUCCCUCUAGUGAAAUUGUCUGUAGUAAUGAAUCAAGCUGCCUCGACUUAAACCAGACGUGUAUCAAUAUUAAUAGCUCUAGUCUCACUGCUAAAAAGUUCAAUUAUCAUCUUGGUAUGCUCUUCGAAAAUGCUGUUAAAAGUGAUAGUUGCAGUGAAUUAAACGUUCUAGGAUUUGUGUACAUUUGUUGUUCAGAAAUGGGUGCAAGUCUCUCUACUUGUACUUAUAGUUUUAUUGAGCACUGUGUUAAUCAUACGGCAAUAGGCAGAGCACAAGUCUUAUCGUGUGUUGAUAAGUUUUAUGGAUUUUGCGAGAAUGGUUCUAAUCCUUCUUGCAGAGAAGCGAUUGAAGAUGUCAUUGAUGAUGUAUUAAAGAAUAGAUUUGACUCACCAGUUGGUGAAGAAAUAUUAGCCAGUAUACUGGAGAAGGAGAAUGGGCUCAGGAAAUUCAAUGUGAUCAAAAGAGUUGUCUCUCUUUUACGGGGAAAGUCACAAAGUGCGAAACAUGCUCAAAAGUUCUUGAAAGAAGCAGAGAAAGUCAUUGAAGCCUUUGAAAAUGAUAUUGCAAAAAGCUCCAGCAUGAUUGACUAUGAAGAUGUUAAAAACCUACUGUAUGCACUGGACAAUGCUUUUAAUGGCAGUCACAUCUCUCUUCUCUCAAGUAAUGAUGAAUAUUCUGGUCCUAAUUUAUUGAGUAAGCUCAAAAGACUCAGUAAAAUAUUUGGCAGAGCUAUACUUUAUGGCAGCGGGAGAAUAAAGAGCCACUUCAAUUUCAGUGGGAAUAACUUGGAUGUGAAGUUUAGGGUCAUAGACAAAGAAAUGAUAACAUUUGAACAGAUAUAUGAGUCAGAAAAUGGUAGCAAAUCUGUCUUCAUUGAAGUCCCAAAGAAUGCACUGUGUUCACAAUCACAGUUACAAUUAUCAACUGAUGAUAAUUAUACUUAUACUUUUGAUGAAAUUGAUGAUAAAGACGAUAUACCUGAUAAGUUUAGAAAUUGUUUCACAGUUGAUUUUUCUAAAGGCUGUAGGCAAGUUUUAGUAGUAUAUCAUGCACACGAUAUUGAAAGAUCCUUUGAAGAAGCAUCAAACAAAUCUACUCUAGUCAGUCUAGUAGUCUCAGUUCAAGCAAUAUCUGAUAAUACAGUGAACAUUUCUGAUACUGUUCAACUGAUGGAUAAUGUAUCAUUGAUAUUUAACAUUACUGAAGUAUUGAUACACG